GGACGCAAAGAUUGUUUUGGGGAUAGACGAAAUGUUUUGUAAUCAAAUGGAUUGUUCGAUCAUUAAAAUAUUUGAUGUAGGCUAGAGAAAUAAAAAUAGACUGACCAUUUUUUGCGGGACAAACGGUGUUCCUUUUUGGAAUCCUCAUCGCGUAAAACAAUGACGCCUUUGCUUUCGAAAAACAACAUAUUUUGUCGCAUGUUUAUUUUCAUUUUUCAAAUUCCUCAAAGCAACCUAGGCUACAGGUGAUAGAAGGCCUUUUCCAACCAAAGAACAAACAAGAUUUAAGCGAAAAAUAUAGCCCUACUCAAGAUGGAGUUAGUGUCAGGUUACCGUGACCGGAUGAUUGAGUUCUCCGAGGCUAUGGCACAGUGGUAUCGCUGCUUCCAGACCACCCGUAGGGGGCGCAAAGAACCACAUAGUGAUUUCUGGGGGUACGAUUUUCCCCGAUACCACAUGGACCGCUCACCGUACUGGAUACUGCACCUGCUGGAUUGCGCUGCAACGCCACCUGCAGCUAUUCCACGGCUAGAACAGGCUGGAGUGGACCCCUCUGAGCUCAUAAGUAGUGAAGGAGAGAGUGUUCUGAUGGUGACGGAUGCCUCUGGCCUGCCCCUGGGCUUUGACGUGCUGGCCGGUGGCUGGGCGGGGGCGCUGGGUGGGGGCGAGGCGGCGGGUGGAGAUGGGAAGGGGGCCCUGGAGACAAUCCAGAAGAUGGUAGGACUGCUGAGACGCUGCAUGGAGGCUCCCAUGACUGGCGGGUUGCCUCGGAGACCACACAUGCUCCACGUCAAUGACAAGAAGCUUCACAGGUUGCUGAGUAGGUGUGAGAAGGCCCUCACCAUUCUGAAGGUGGUUCUGUGGCCCCAGGCCCUGGGUGACUGGGGCCUCACAGAGGUGGAGCAGAUGGACGGAGGAGAGUCCUUCAGCAUGCGCUGGCCUCCGACCUGCUACUGUCACGUGUGUAAGAAACACUCCUUCCCCAGUCAGCUGAAACCAUGGUAAGGCGAGGAGAGAGAGAGAGAGAGACAGAGAGAGAGGCAGAGAGACAGAGAGAGACAUACAGACAGAGAGAGAGAGAGACAGCCAGACAGAGGAAG